AUGGACAAAAAAUCCGAUGCUUCCGAUUGGUAUUUUACAGGAAAAAUAAUUUUAAUGAAAGACAAUUUCCAUGAAAUAAAAAGGUCGAGAGUUGGUAGAGGAGGAACUGAUCUGCUUAAAAAGAUAAAUGAAUACGAAGGCGAAAAUUGUUUCAUACCUACAGAUGGUCACUGUUUUAUCAAAUGCGUCAAUCGUGUUUUGAACAAAGAUUUAACGUGUAAAUUUCAAGAAUACAUCAACGGGUUUUCAAAAGCAAAUAGAAAAGGAGUGAUGACUUGUGCUAGAAUGAAUGAAUUCAACAAGAAAUUUAACACUUCGUUUCAAAUUUAUAAUCCCAAAAACAGACAUUUUCACCCCAGAGAAGUUCACGAUGAAUUAGAUUGGGUUUUAUACUUACACAACUCGCAUUUCUGUUUGAUUAGAAGAAGCCAAAAAAGUUUGGGAAUUCAAGAAAUAGAAGACCAUUACGAACAGAAAAAAUGGAAAAGACAGAAAGAAAUAAAGGGUAAUUAUUUACAACAUAUUAAUAUCACGUGUUCCUAUCAACACGAAUCCUCUAGUUUGGCUGCAUGGGGAAAUUCUUCCAAUCUUCCCGCGAAUUUGAGAAAGAUUGUGGACGUAGAUAUCGCUAAAUACACGCGAGACAACUGGGAGGAAUUGAGACACGAAUGGGAACCUUACGCCAAGAGAGACACUCUCUGUUUGGGAGCUUGUUUGAUAAAAUACAACCAAGUCACGAAAGAAGUUGUAAACCAAAAUAUGUCCAAUAAUCUAACGGCUCCAUCUUUAUCUUUAAAGGGUUGGUAUUAUUUAUAUCAUUACGAUAAAGAAAUGGUGGAAGAAGAAUGGUAUGAAACUACUAGAAUGGUUGCGAAACAUACCGAAAAAGAAAAUAUAGAAAAAGUUUAUUCGCACACAAAUCCUUUUAUAAGAAAUUUUAUCAGACGAUCUAUUAAAGGAGGAAGAGUUUCGGCAAAUAGAAAAUCGUUUGAAACGAACAAAAUGAAUGAGAUCUGCGCCGUAUUAAAAGAAUACAAUGAAAGCAACACUGAAGGAAUAAUAGAUUUAUUUAAAGAAUACAGUGUUAACCCAAAAGAUAAAACGGAAGUUCACGCUAAACUCAAAGAACUGGACUGUACUAAACUAAUGGCAUUUGAUGCUAACGGUUUAUACGCUUCCGCCAUGUUGGAUUUAGACAGUGAAUAUCCGAGAGCGGAAAGUGGAAGACCGUUUCUACCAGAAGAAGAAAAAGAAUUUGUGAUGCUGUUCAAUAAACAAAACUUCAAACCCAGAACAGCUAUUUUAACAGUGUGGUUUGACUAUCCCAAAAACAUGUUCUUCCAACCGAUACCAGCUAAAGAUAAAAUCACUUUCACGAAUAAAGAAGGUAAAAAGGAAACUGGUAACAAAAUCAGGUUCAGAAAUGGUUUCUGUCACGACGUUUUAACAUCGGUCGAUAUUCAAGAAAUAGUGAAAGCCGGUGGACGAAUUAUUAGAAUAUUAGAUGGUAUAGUUUACGAAGAAAAUUUUAAAACUCCACCCUAUAGAGAUUAUAUUUUAAUUUUGAGAGAUUUAAGAAAUAAAUAUAAAAGAGAAGGUAAUAUCGUGGGUAGUAACUGCAUGAAAUUAUUAGGUAAUUCCUAG